AUGAAUGACGAUGAACUGAAAUUCACAGUUGAGACUGAGACAGUAGAAACACCAGCCUCAAAUCUACCUAUACCGACAAAUAACAAUCCCUCUUUGAUGCUAUUGAAUCCUGCUAUGACGCCAAACAUACAUCCUAAGGACCACAUUGAAGAGAACCCAAUGGGUAACGAAGUGGUUGACAACAAGAAAAAUACGUCACCUUUGAGCAAUGUGGUCAUUGAUGGGUCUGUUAAUAACAAUAUUGAUUCUUUGAUGGGGAAAAAUGCAAAUGUGAGUGGAGCUGUGAGUGGAAAUGGAUCUAUUCCUGAAGAUAACACCAUUGAACCCCGUAAGAUGGGAGAACUAAACAAUUUAAUUGAUAAUAAUCCCCUAUCAACACACGUGAAUCAGCAAUCACUAAGAAAUAAGAAAAGUUCUUUACUUAUAGACUCUUUCCCUACGAUUGAUUCUAAUAGUAACGCUCUGGUAGAUGAAAUAACAAAUUCUGAUGAACAUUUGAAACCAAUGACGGAUGUCAUAACUAGUAAUCCUAGAGAUGAUCAUCCUCAAAUUUCCAAUAGUAAUACCAUGAAAUCUGGCUCAAUAACUUCCACACUAGGCGCAAAAAGAAUAAUAAAUGAUCAAAUAUCAUCAAAUGCAGUGAAUUCGGAGAGACCAUCGAUGCCUGUUAUGCAUUCGAGAGAAUUAAUUUUAAAUGAGGCAAGAAGAGACUCUCUGACUCCAAAUAACAAUCAGGAUGAAAAAAAUGAUGCUAAUAAUACAUUCGAUAAUGAUACCAAAAUAAUCGCAACAAAGUCAGAAAUCCAAAGUAGUAAUACAAAUAGUACUGACAAUGAUCAAGACCAAUCUCAAAUACCAACAAAAACGGAUUUUUUUGCUGCAAAACUGGCAUCAGCUGUAGGUGAUAAUGAAAUUAGUGAUUCUGAAGAGACAUUUGUUUAUGAGUCCGCAGCUAAUUCAACCAAAAAUAUGAUUCUUCCGAGUACUAUGGAAGCUAUACAACAGCAACAGCAACAGCAGCAACAGCAACACAGGUCAGAGAAUAAAAGUCGGGGAGUGGUACCUAAGAUGAGUGUUCCGAAUUUGAGCAAUAAUACGAAUAAGAAAUUAUUAAGUAGAUUAAAAAGCACAAGACAUAUCAGUACAAGUGCAAUACCGACAACAGGAUCCUCAGUGAAUGUUCCCAUUGCUCAAGUACCUUCACAGCUAUUGCCUCCUAAUUUUACCCCCACUCAUUUAAACAGACAAACUAAUAUAAUACCUAAUAAUGCCACUUUACAAGAUGAAGAUGGAAGUAUAGUGACCGUAGAUAAGCAAAACAAGCAAAAUGAUAUCCAGUCAGUGAAAUCGUAUUCAUCGGAAGUAUAUCAACAGCGGCAGCAACGAUCUCCAGAAAAGAGAACAAGUUUGGUUUCACUUGCAAGGGGUAGCCCUAUUACUUCAUCAUCAUUUGUACCGCAGCCACAUUUAAAACCAUCAUCAUCUGUUCAAUUACACAGCAGUCUAAAGAAUCAUAGCGUGGCAAUGAAGCACUCUUUCUCCAAUCAGACACAACGGCAAGCAUCGUUGAAUCUUAACAAUAAUAAUAAUAAUAAUAAUAAUAAUAACCCCAACACCCCUCGAGGAACUAAGAAUGAACCUAUGGGGAAUAAAAGGAAACUAAGAACCACAGUAUCCAAGAUAUUUGAUGGAAAUGGCAAUCAACCAUUAAGAAGGUAUUCUGGUGUUCCAGACAAUAUAAAUUUGGAAGAUUAUAUCGAACAAUCUGAUGAAUAUUACCAUCCAAGUAGCGUUAAGAUGAAUAACAAUUAUAUGCCGAAUGGGGCUAAUUAUUACAAUGCGCCCGACUAUAAGCGUCAUAGUAGUCAAACUUUUAAAUCAGAUAAUUUUGACUUAAACGCUACUAAUGGUAACGAUAAUUUCUACAACGAACCAAGCGCCAUAGAGGAGGAAGAUAGCCAAGAUGAAUCCUUACAUGACAACCUUGGAAAUGAACAUACUCAAAGAAUGGCCAAUAUUGACGAUGAUGGACGUGAUGAUCAUUCCAUGUUUUAUUAUAGUCACAGAGGUGAUUUAGAGGCUCGUCCUCAGAUUUCGGAUUACCAAGAGUUAGGUGAUGAAGAUGAAAUUGGUGAUGAAGACACAUCUAAUUACUAUACCAAUCAUACGAUGCGUACGUUUAAGAAUAAUGGUGGUUAUGAUCACCUUACCCCAAAUAACUCAAAUCAACAAAAUGCUACAGAACGCACUCCCUUAAGACCAAAAAGACAAACUGCUAGGAAUCAAUUCAGCUAUUCUCCCCAUAAUUUUUACACGAAGAAGUCGUCAUGGUCCAAAUUUAAGAAUUGUAUCUAUUUCACCUUUAUUGUUUUUUCGUUGUUAACCGUUGGAUUUAUACUAGGGUUUUUCUUGGCUACAAACAAGGAACUACAAGGGCUAGAUAUAGUUGUUAUGGAUAAUAUCUUAUCAAGUUCUGAUGAAUUACUGUUUGACGUGACUGUAACUGCUUUUAAUCCUGGAUUUUUUGCCAUAGAUAUUCAAGAUGUCGAUCUGGAUAUCUUCGCUAAAAGUUUGUAUUCUAAAACCGAUGACAAAUCUAAUUCGGAAACGAUACUAUUGGGGACAAUCCAGAAUUUAGAAACACCACUAACCUUCCAAGGUGGCUUCUUCAAUCGGAACUAUGAUGUAUCAAGAUCAAGCAUAAAGAUAUUGGACCCAGGAACGGACAAGGCGAAACGCAAUCCUACUGGAGAUGGAGGUAAGGAUAACGAUGAGAAACUCAAAAUACGGGGCAUAUUCGGAGGCCAUGGUGAUAAUGGAGAUGAGAACGAAGACGAUGACGACUCUGAAAAGUGGAAAAAACUAAUAAAGCAUGACUACGGGUUAAUCCUGAGGGGGAACAUGAAAUACAAGAUCCCAUUCUUUAACAGUGAAAAAUCCAUCGCAGUGCAGAAGAGCACCGAUGUGGCAUUGGACCCCUCCUAG